AGACACUGGAGCGCGCGGAGCCCCCCAAGACACACAUGACCCACCACCCCAUCUCUGAUCAUGAGGCCACCCUGAGGUGCUGGGCCCUCGGCUUCUACCCUGCAGAGAUCACACUGACCUGGCAGCAGGAUAGGGAGGACCAGGCCCAAGACAUGGAGCUCAUAGAGACCAGGCCCGCAAGGGAUGGAAACUUCCAGAAGUGGGUGGCUGUGGUGGUGCCUUCUGAAGAGGAGCAGAGAUACACAUGCCAUGGGCAGCAUGAGGGGCUGCCUGAGCCCCUCACCCUGAGAUGGGAGCCGCCCUCCCAGCCCACCAUCCCCAUCGUGGGCAUCGUUGCUGGCCUGGCUGUCCUUGGAGCUGUAGUCACUGGAGCUGUGGUCGCUGCUGUGAUGUGGAGGAAGAAGAGCUCAGAUAGAAAAGGAGGGAGCUACUCUCAGGCUGCAAGCAAUGACAGUGCCCAGGGCUCUGAUGUGUCUCUCACAUCACCUUGUAAACGUGAGACACUGAGGACCCUGAUGUGUGUGGGUGUUGGGGAGAACAGUGUACACAGCUGUGCUAUGGGGUUUGUUGGAGUGGGAUGUAUUGAGCAUGUGAUGGGCUCUUUAAAGUGUCACCCCUCACUGUGACUGAUACGAAUUUGUUCAUGAAUAUUUUUCUAUAGUGUGAGACAGCUGCCUUGUGUGGAACUGAGAGACAAAUUUUGUUCACACCUUCCCUUUGUGACUUCAAGAACCCUGACUUCUCUUUCUGAAAAGGCAUCUGAAUGUGUCUGUGUCUCUAUAGACAUAAUGUGAGGAGGUGGGGAGACAACCCAGCCCCGUGUCCACCAUGACCCCCUUCCCCACGCUGACCUGUAUUCCUUCCCCAUCACCUUUCCUGUUCCAGAGACCUGGGGCUGAGAUGUCUCCAUCUCUGUCUCAACUUCAUGGUGCACUGAGCAGUAACUUCUUACUUUCCUAUUAACAUUAGAAUCUGAGUAUAGUUUACUUUUUCAAAUUAUUCCAUGAGAGGUUGAUGGGUUAAUUAAAGGAGAAGAUUCCUGAAAUUUGAGACACAAAAUAAAUGGAAGACCCAAGAACCUUCGACAGU